AUGGUUAAAAAUUUUGCUGCGCAAGUAAAUAUUCAUAAAGAUCCAGCUAUAUUCGUGCCAGGACAAUCAGUAACUGGAUGCAUGGUCAUCAAUGUUAGGAAUCCUAUGAAAGUACGUGGAAUACGCAUUCGUAUACUUGGAGAAGUUAACACUUGUAUCAAGGUUCGAAAUUAUAGCAGCAGCGACAACAGCUUUCAUGGUGAUUUAUCGUAUGACGAAAUACAUCGCGAAUCAGAAACUUACAUAGAUCGUCAAUUUACUGUUUGGGGUAAUGAAAUUGCUGCAAGACAUGUAGAACCGCAAGUCCUACCAUCUGGCAGGCACCAAUUUGAUUUUGAUUUCGAGAUCCCUUUAAAUACUAGAAUGCCAUCUUCAUUUGCACUAGAUGACAAAUGUUCUGCUACUUAUAAGAUUAUCGGUAAAUUGGUUAUUCCGGAUAAAGGCGAAGAAAUAAUCGAGAAAAAAUUUAUAUUCUUAGAGGCGAUAAAUGUUACUGAUUCAUUUUUAUCGCAACCAACCACACCAGCUCUAAAUGAAACAACUAUUUGCUGCUGCUGUUGCGAAUCUGAUCCGAUUAAACUUAACGCCUGGUUGGAUCAUGGUGCCUAUCGUCCUGGUGAUACUAUGAUAUUAAAUGCAGAAUGUCAUAAUAACUCAAUCUACUGGUUGAGAUGUAUUCGUGCAAAACUUUACCGCAAAAUUCAAUGGAAUGCGAAGGGGCAUUCCCGUAAAAAGACUGUUACUUUAUUCGAUAUCGAAUCGCCAAUUGGGAUUAUCCCUGAACGAAAAUAUGAAUGGAAAGACCACCUAAUCCAACUAAAACAAAUGCCACCAUCAAUUACAUCUUUUAACCUCUUCUCAGUUUCUUACGAAAUGCACAUUUACAUGGAAAUACCUUAUUAUAAUGGAUAUUUUGAAGUAGUUAUCCCAGUCGUCAUUGGUACACUUCCUUUACCUAAUGAUGAAUUCGAAUUACAGGGUAAUAUAUACUCAAUGCCUCAAUCCACAGUACCAGGUUCUACAUUAUCAGAGCUCCCUCCGAGCUAUGAUGAAGUUGUUGAUAAUAGAAAUAGCAGCAUCACAACCUAUCCAAAUAGUAACCCAGCCAAUGUGGCUACUGUUAGUGUUGAAGUUGAGGAAUUCUAA